CGACGAUUAUUUUAAAUUUUAAAGAUAAAAUUCUUUAUCCAAGCACAAAGGUCACCAUUUCCCUUCUAUAUUGCUACACCAUGACUGCCGUUAUUCCGCUCCAGUUCUCUGAUUUAUCGCCUAUAAGCUUCUCACACCUCAUUUUCUCCCUCCAACACGUUUGGCUAAUUUCGCAUGCAAUCACCCUCUUGAGUGUCUUUGGAUAUGUUUUUGUCUCGCUCGACUCGGCUACCCACUCUUCCACUCUCCGCAGUUGGUAUUUGACGGCAGACCUUGCUACAAUCAUCACCUACUCGGUAGUGAUUUACCGGCGCCACUUGGUAACCACCGUGCGAAAUCUUGGUUCAUUGUCUGUGGCCACUCCAGGUUCAACCUAUCCCCCAGUUUACAGGCACACAAGAAUUCCAUUGUCGGAAGUGUUGAGGUCCGAAAACGCGCAUCUUCUCGCGUUUGGAUUGUUAUGGCUCGCAACCCCCCAGAACAUCAUCAAGUUAUUGCCGUUUGCGUGCUACUCGUUCUUGAAUUUGGGGCAUUUCUUGAUUAACGAAUGUUUUUCUUACAGUUUGCUCUCAGCUGCUAUCGCCCCGUUGUUAGCCUACCUCGAGGCACCCCUCUUGUUGGGUGCGGCCCACACGGACAUUUUUAUAAUUCUCAUAUUGCUCAAGGAGACAGUGCAAAACCGCAGUGCAUUUGCCUUGUUCUUUUACGCAUUCAUCUGGGGUCUCCGUCUCGAAUCGUCCGAUGCCAGUAGAAGUUCCUUGUAUAGCGUGCUAUGGGCCAUUGACCUCUUUUUUAACCGGCGCGAUGUUCCUGUAAAUGUCCGGGAGAGCUGGGUUCACGUCAAAACCGGAAUUACCACUCUUAUUCCGCUCGCACUGGAGGAGACAAGCGGUCUGGACGAUGGGACCUUACUCGAUGACGAUGACAUAUCCCUCCAUCGUUUGAAACGUUAAAGGGACGGUUUUUUUAAAUCACUGGGACGUGGGCGGAGGGGGGAUCUACGGGAGACGUUACUGCAAUAUCCCUGACGGUAAGCUGGUUGGGGUGUAGGUUUAUAGCUAUCUAUGCAAACUGCGAUUAAACGAUAAAAAUUGGAGAAUAUACGGUAAAGGGAACUACGCAACCAGGGUUUUUGUGAAUAUCAUACUCGUUGUAUCUUGGUAGAAGUGAGUUCUAGUAGGGGAUAGUGGGCAAUUCAGCUGUGGC